CGCUUCGGCCCGCACCUAUGGUCAGUGCACUCCCGCCUUUUCCCCGGACUCUUCUGUGUAUCCAAGGGCCCCACGGAAGUUUACACUGAGCUUUCCAGCCUAUCUCUACUUUCAUCCCGCGCUCCUUGACGUGCAUAGGGUCAACCCGCUCCAACUCCCGUGCAUCGACACAGACGGACCGAACCGGACGAGGAAUGGAUCCGACUCAUCUUUCAAUGCCAUCGCCAAUCGGACAGAACUAUAAAUGGGAUGGCCUCUUCGACGAGGUUCAUGCCGCUUCCACUGGAGGGCAUGUCUCCCAAGACAGCUUCCUCCUUCAUACACCCCCUCUGGCCUCGAUAUCCUACGGACCGGUCCGCGACCUGCUCACUCAAUACAAAAACCAGUCUUACUACAUUGGCGGAUCGGAAGCAGCGUACAACGAGAGCAUCGAUCCUUAUUGGGGUAUUCUCUGCCCGGAGAAUCCUCCCGCGUCUAUGCAGCCCCCUUCUACUCCAACUACGCUCUACCGACUGAGCGAGCACCAACAGACCUUUGCGAAGUAUGCAGUAGAAAACGUGCGAGUUGGAUUCCAGCCCAACUACCCCAGUGUGGAUCGGCAACUGAUCGAAGACGUCGAGAACGUUGAUCCGCGGCUUCUAGAAGCUGCAGUUCGGCGUCCCACUAGCAAUCAUGCCAGGCAGAUGACUGGCCAAGAUGAUAGCUUGGGCAUGGUUUUACCUCUGUCUGACUUCUACCAUCCGCAUGAUUCUACUCGGGAGGUCACUUCUCCCCUUAAGGAAACAGCGCAGACCAAUCUGCAGCGGACCAGCAGCCGGGCAUUUGGCUCGGAGGCACAAAAGAGUACAUCUGCUUACGCUCAACCCACCAAGGAGAACUCCGAUCCUCUUCAUUUAGACCCUGCGCAGCACCCAAAAGGCCGUGAAUUCACUGGGUCUCAUGCAGGGGUGCAGUCACACCGACAGCUAAAAGAGAGUGACAAGCCCAUACGCUUUGUCUUUCCUCAAGAGGGUGCGCAUCCUCACGCAAAUCAGCUAAUCCCUUACACCCAAACCACACUCCCUUGCAAGCAACCGGAUCUUAUUCACGCUCAACGUAAGGAUCGUCGAGAACCAUCUAUGCAACCGAAGCAAGGUGAGAAUAACCAGCCAAAGGAGCGUGGACGCCAUCCUGGUCGGAAGCCGGUUUCGAACGGCACGCCUAUGGCGAGGUCAUAUUGGUAUGGUCCUUCACCUGAAUGUGCAGCCCCUUGGCUGUGCGUAGGUCCUCCCCAUUACGCAAUGGCUCCCCAGUACGCGACUCCUCCCAAAGACGUGACUCCUCAAUACACGACUGCUCCUCAGUUAGCAGCACCUCCCCCGGCAUCUCCUCAGCAUGCAGCUCCAGCCCCCAAGGUUGAAUGUCAGUCCGAUGCAGGCGACCUCCCAGCGGACUACUCUCGCACUUCACUGGCCUUCAAUAACCACCAAGAAGCCUUUAACGCCUGCAAAAAAGAUGUAGCCUCCCUCAAGACGGCAUUCGCGCCACCAAAUGACGACCCCAGCAUCCCGAAGAACGACGAAGAACGAAAGGUAGUUGUGCGUUGCUUGCUUGGAGCAAUGAUAGACACCUCGCGGUGCAAGGAUGAAGAGGGCAAGGCUUUCAAGUUGCGCUGGGGUAGCGGCGAACUAGCCUACGAUGUGCGACACAUGGAGAAGAUAUGUUGGGAUAUUGAACUUCUAGCCGAGCGGAUUCACAAAGAAGGUCCGCAUAUUCUGCCGAUUUUUGACACGGUCUACCUCAAAUCUGUCAAGAAGAGCAGCAAGUUCACUUUUGAGGAGCGCAUCAAGUGGCUCGUCGAACUGCUGUCGGUGUUCAAGAGCCGUGUCAAAUCGCUCAUGAAAGGCGAUAGCCUGUACUACACUGUUGCUACGCCUCGAGAGACAGUUCUUACAGCGAGGAACAGCAUGGAACAGAACAAGAAGCGCCGGGGGUUGCUUGUGGAGGGUAGCGCGGCGGCGAAGGCCCUGAAUGAAGGAACGGCGCAAGAUCAUGCAGAGACACCGAAGGGUGAAACUCAGCCGAAGCAAGAUGUGGAGGGCGAGAUGCAUUCCGGAGGGACGAGCGGCUCUGUAAGCCACGGCCUCGAUGGGUCUAACCUCUUCGCAGUCGAGCCAUCUCUCCAAGCUACCCAAAAACAUCAGGAUCUCGGGGCCCACCAUGAAAUCGAUCCAACAGCUUUCCCGGCUCGCACUCCGCCGUCCGAAGAGGCAGUGAUAGGGUCAUCAAUGGGCUCCGCUGCUCAGGAAGUUCGUGGCCAAACUCACCCCGGCGGCGCCAUGCUCGAAAAUGAGACUCCGCCGGAUGAUGGCUCUCGCAAGCGUGGUCACGAGGAGAAUGACGAAGAUACCAAUGGCAUGCCUUGGUCUGACGACUCUCCUAGCUGCCCAAAGCGCGCUCGUCUGCUCUCCGACCGCUAAUUUCCGUAAGAGUACUGCGCUCACCCCACUUCACGGAUGUUGGUUCUCUAUUUUGUCGCCUGGGCGAUUCAAGGCUAGCUGGGCAUUUGCAAGAGCCUUUUGGCUUUCAGAUAUU